CCGUCCUGUAGGAGCGUGUUGCAGUCUCAUUGAAGAAGCGCCACGUUGGGCUGAACGGAGGAGCCGACAACAUGUCCUGUCUCUACAUCAGAGGGAUCUUUCUUUGUUGGGCUUCAGCUGCUUUGUCGAGCCUGCACCCUGAAUGCGAGUACAUAUUUCAGCUGGAGAAAGAGGAGCGUCACUGCCUUCAGUACAUUGCAGAGCAGGGCAACAGAACCACAGAAGGUUGUCGGCCAUUCUGGGAUGCGGUUGCCUGCUGGCCUCAUGCAGAAGUUGGGGAAACAGUCCAAAGAGCUUGUCCUGCCAUCUUCUCCCUCUUCAGAAACAACACAGGUGACUAUGGAUCCCAUGGUUCAGUGAGCCGUAACUGCACCAGUGGAGGUUGGUCCAGACAUUUCCCACCGUACCACAUCGCCUGCAGUGUGGAUGAUGACAUUCCUGAGACAGAGCAGAUAUACUUUGCCACAGUGAAGCUGAUAUACACCGUCGGCUACAGCAUCUCUCUAGUGGUGCUGGCUGUAGCUGUAUUCAUCCUGUUGCUCUUCAGGAGGCUGCGUUGUGCCAGGAACUUCAUUCACAUCCAGCUCUUCAUCACAUUUAUCCUGAAAGCUGUGGCGGUGUUCAUAAAGGAUGCAACUCUGUUCUCGAGUGACGACACCAACCACUGCACCCUUUCCACAUUUGCCUGUAAGGCCUCUGUGGUCUUCUGUCACUACUGUGUGAUGUCCAAUUUUUUCUGGCUCCUGGUGGAGGCGCUCUACCUCAAUUCCCUGCUGCUUUCGUCCUUUAAUCACAGCCGUCGGUGCCUCUGGGGCUUCAGCCUGCUGGGAUGGGGUGUACCUGUGCUCUUCACUGUCCUGUGGAUUGGAUCCAGGGUGUAUUUUGAGGACACAGAAUGUUGGGACAUCAACGAGGACUCGCCCUAUUGGUGGAUCAUCAAGGGACCAAUUGUUGUGUCUAUAGCGGUCAAUUUUAUACUCUUCAUGAACAUCAUCAGAAUCCUGAUACAGAAGCUCAAUCCUCGGCUGAUCCACUUCAAUAACUCCUCUCAGUACAGACGCCUGACUAAGUCCACCCUCCUCCUCAUCCCUUUGUUUGGUACUCACUACAUGGUCUUCAAUUUUCUGCCUGACUACUUCAAUGUUAACCUGCGCCUCUGUAUCGAGCUCUGCAUGGGAUCCUUCCAGGGGCUUCUUGUAGCGAUUCUCUAUUGCUUUCUUAAUCAAGAGGUCCAAAAAGAGGUCCACAUGCAGUGGCUGAGGUGGCAGGGCCGAAGCUAUGGUGUGGUGUCACCUGCUGCGAAAUGCAGCCAGAUGGACACACCUUUCUAGGGGUGGCCUUCCCCCUCAUCUUACAGGUCUUCUGUUAAUUGGACAUCGGCUAAGGAUUGCUUCUGUGCACGUCAUCGUCUCCAAUGGGCUGCACAGUACGCCCAAUACCAGUGGUUGUCGGCCACAUCUGUAAGUUUUCAUUCCAAACACGAUAAUAGACUUUUUACUAGCUGCGCUCCUUUUGCCAGAAUUGGAGGAACUAAGGUGAACUUACCAAUGGAAAAUGAUUCUGAAACCUCAUGACAUUUUACUGACACAUUUCAAGACAGAUCCUACCAAUUUCAUAUGCAUUUCCCUUGUGGCAACAACUUUAGAAAGAUCAGCUUCAAGCUUUCCUUGGAGACCUUGCAUGUCAAAUUAAUUAAUAUGCUCAUUUUCUGAUUCAUUCUGUCUGAAAUGUUCUGUUUUAGCGCCUCUGUCUUCAAGCCCACAUCACUUUUUUAUAAUAUGGGAUGUUAAAGAGUUGAGAUGAGAUGCUAAAGUAAGUAUAUUCAAAAUUUGAUUCCAUAUAUCACAGAUGCUAUAGCUUAGCAUGUUGAACAUGUGAAGCUGUAGCCUACUGCCAAGUGACACACAAAUUAAUCAUCAUUCAUUUAAUUCUUUGUAUAUUUAUGUAUGGGUUUGCUAAUUUAUUUAUUAAUUCACAGUCUGUGUUUACAGUAAGAAUAAAAAUAAAUACCUUAAUUGCAACUUAAUAGAUGAAUACCUUGAAGUCACACUUUGGCAUUAGCUGCUAAAGUGUUGUGGUUUUUUUGAAGUGUAAACCUGCACCUGCACACUGCUGAGAGCCACUUCACUGUAUGUAUACUUGUGUGUUGUGUUCCGUCAUGUCAUGUGUUCGACUCCACCAAUAUGAAAGACAUCUCCACUGCCAUCGGUGAUCCAGCAAAGGACGGGAAAACAUGAAUGGAAACUUUAUCAUAGUAAUAAUUCAAAAUGAUUUGACAUCAAUAUAUAUGAUGCUAACGUAUUGUACAGUACUUUGAACUGCAUGGUCAUAUAAAGAAGGAUAAAACUGGAUUCCCAUAAUUACCGAAUUUGCGUUAGAUCUAUGUUUGUGAGAAAUUUAGAUUUUUGUCUUUGUUUGUAUUCUCUAUGUGUUAUAAGGUGAUAAGAUUUAUUUUUUUAAUCAAGAAAAAAGGUCAUGCAAAGUAUUGAAUCACUACCCAGUUCUGCAGCAUCCACAAUCCUCUUCAUGUAAACAAAUGGUUUGCCUAAAACUGAAUGUAUAAACAAGUCAACUGUCAGACUUGUUUUAUAGUCACUUUUCUCUGUUGUUACAUUUGGAUGUUGCUGCUUUUCUUGUGCCUCUCUCUGUGAUGUUUUACUGCCUUGUGAAAAAAAAAAAAUGAUUCCUGCAAGUUCAAGUAUUAAAUGUUUACUCAGCUUCA